AUGCCGCACUCAGUGUCGCCUGCUGGAUCGUCUGAACGAAAAGAUGAGGAAAUGGCCGAUGUCCCUGCGGCGUCUGCUCCAGAGGGAGGUGUCAAAUUGGAGGACAUGUUUGACGGCGAUGAUGACGAGGAGUUCCCGGCUUCCAGUGCGCAGGACGUGAAGAUGGAGUCGUCCCCAGUCCCAGCGCCAGCAGGGCCUGCCCCUGUCCCGAGCGGCGUUGACACCGACGUGAUGCUCAUGUUCUACCAGCGCCUUUUCCCAUUCCGAUAUCUGUUUCAGUGGCUGAACCACGGCAUUGUGCCCACCCGAGACUUUGGCAAUCGAGAGUUUGCUCUGACUCUCCAGAACGAUGCCUACCUCCGAUACCAGUCCUACCCCACCGCGGAUCUUUUCCGAAAGGAUAUUCUCAAGAUGAACCCAUCUCGCUUCGAAAUCGGUCCUGUAUAUAGCACAAACCCCCGUGACCGCAAAACACUCAGAGGCGGCCAGAUGAAGCCGGUAUCCAAAGAGCUGGUUUUCGAUAUCGAUAUGACGGAUUACGACGAUAUUCGAACAUGUUGUCAAAAGGCAAAUAUUUGCCACAAGUGUUGGGCGUUCGUGACAAUGGCAAUCAAGGUCAUCGAUACCUCCCUGCGGGAGGACUUCGGGUUCGACCACAUUCUCUGGGUCUACUCCGGUCGACGUGGUGCUCACGCCUGGGUUUGCGAUCCAAGUGCGCGGUCUUUGCCUGACGAUCGGCGCAGGGCGAUUGCAGGCUAUCUCGAAAUUCUCCGCGGAGGCUCAUCAAGCGGUAAAAAAGUGAACCUGAAGCGGCCGCUCCACCCGCAUGUUACGCGGAGCCUCGAGCAACUCAAGAACCAUUUCGCUCAGACUACCUUGGUCGACCAAGAUACUUUUGCUAGUACUGAGCAGGCUGAGAAACUCCUGUCAUUACUUCCAGACAAAUCCUUGAAUGAGGCCCUGCGGAGGAAAUGGGACUCGUCCCCAGACCGCCCCAGUACCAGCAAAUGGGCAGAUAUCGAUGCUUUGGCAAAGACUGGAAAGAGUAGCACUCUGAAGCCUGCGACGCUCCGGGACGCGAAGCAGGAUAUUGUCCUGGAAUAUACCUACCCCCGUCUCGAUGCCGAAGUCAGCAAGAAGAUGAUUCACUUGCUGAAGAGUCCCUUCGUCAUUCAUCCUGGCACUGGCCGAGUCUGUGUACCCAUCGAUCCUAAGAAGGCUGAUGAAUUUGACCCUCUGUCCGUGCCUACCGUGAUGGAACUCCUCGCGGAGAUUGACGCGUACGAUGCGAAAUAUCCUGCGGGUACCCAGGAGGUCGAAAUGCCCGAUAUGGAGGGAAGUGCGAUGAACUCGGAUGCCAAGAGUACUCGUAAGCUACAGGAUUACGAGAAGACCCGCUUAAAGCCAUACAUUGAUCACUUCCGGUCCUUUAUCGCUGGUCUGCUCAAGGAGGAGCGUGUGGCCAAGCGAGAACGCGACGACACUGCCCCGGCAGUAAAAGCCGAUCCAAUGGAAUUUUGA